UGCUCUGACGUGACAGGAGCGCGACGCUUGCGCGGCGGCCGGCGGCGCGGGCGCUAUGGAGCGCUGUUCUGGCUCCUUGGAGGAGGCGGCGGACGGGGCCCGGCAGCAGGAGCGGCACUACCAGUUGCUAUCGGCGCUGCAGGGCCUGGUCAAGGAGCUGCCCAGCUCCUUCCAGCAGCGCCUGUCCUACACCACGCUCAGCGACCUGGCCCUGGCGCUGCUCGACGGCACCGUGUUCGAGAUCGUGCAGGGGCUGCUGGAGAUCCAGCACCUCACCGAGAAGAGCCUGUACAACCAGCGCCUACGGCUGCAGAACGAGCACCGAGUGCUCAGGCAGGCGCUGCGACAGAAGCAUCAGGAAGCCCAGCAGGCCUGCCGGCCCCACAACCUGCCUGUGCUCCAGGCGGCCCAGCAGCGUGAGCUCGAGGCAGUGGAACACCGGAUCCGUGAGGAGCAGCGGGCCAUGGACCAGAAGAUCGUGCUGGAGCUGGACCGGAAGGUGGCAGACCAGCAGAGCACACUGGAGAAGGCAGGGGUAGCCGGCUUCUACGUGACCACCAACCCACAGGAGCUCACCCUGCAGAUGAACCUCCUGGAGCUCAUCCGGAAGCUGCAGCAGAGGGGCCGCCAGGCAGGGAAAGCAGCCCUGUGAGCCUGGCCGCCCGCAACCACUACCCGUCCCAGCUGGGAGUACCACCCCGCCCCGCAGUGACCACAGGCAGCAGAUAACCCCAUGGCACUGGUCUUCCUGAAGCCUGGCCACCACCCUCCCAGCAGCCUGCAGGAGGGGCACCCUGUGAGGAGAACCCAGGUGGACCACGCUGCCCCUGCCCCCCACCCUCACCCCAGCUGGUGAGGGCGGGCAGGCAAAGGGCACAGCACGCCCAGCUAUCUGGCUGCCUAGCCUGGCCUCCCUCUCGGCCCCUCCCUUGGUAGGUGCAGCCCGAGAGGGACAGGUUUCCAAACUGUGUGUGACCCCGAGAAAUAAAGCUGCCUCAGCAUGGCCUGCACA